AUGGGGAGCAGGAAUCACAAGAAGAAGAUAGUGCUGAAGCGGGGGGAGCCGCAAUUCGAGAACGCCUUCCUGCUAGGGUCCUCCGCAGAUACAGUGAUGCAGCAGGACAGCGGGGACGGGCACAGCAACCACCACCAGGGCAGCAAGAAUCGGCACCUGUACCACAGCUUGAACCUAAUGCACAUCCAGAAGAAGCAGGCGUACGACUAUGCAAUCUUGAACGACGACAUUGCGGAAGAAGCGGCGCUUCUGUCGUCAAGCGAAGGCGGGUACGACGCCGAACUCGAUGAUGAUCGUCAGGAAGACUCGACGGGGAGCGUGGACCUUAACUCCGUUGAUGGCAUUGACGACCGUAACUAUAGGGGGUACUACAUGUCGACGGUGACGGGUGGGGGUGAGGAUGGCUGCGAGAUAGAGGACGGAGACGGCGCCCACGACGACGAAUCGGUGCUCUCGGAGGUAAGCGAUUCGGUGCUUCUUCUUGAGGAGAGAGAGUUCCACGUGAACAUGAAGUGGCACAAGCGGCCGUCCGUAUUCAUGAUCUCGUGCAUCUUAUUUUUCUACUGCUACUCGUCGAACUUCGCUAUGGCGCCAGAGCUCCAGCUCGUGCUGCGGGCCGUCUGCUACAUGUACAACGGCAACAACUUGGACAACUGCGGCUCCACGGGCGUGCAGCAGGCGAAUGCCAGCGUGCAGAAGCGUGUCGGUUUUGUCUCGUCGAUCGUGAAGAUCCUCAUUUCGAGCAGGUUGGGCAAGUUCAGCGACAUCUACGGCCGCAAGCCAGUGAUCCUCUUCACCUUUACCAUGACGGCGCUAUCCAAGUUUUCCAUGAUGUUUAUCUUGACGCCGCAGUAUUUCUCCUUUGGCCGCUACUUGGCCGGCUCCCUGCUAGACGCCUUUGGGGGCUCCAUCUUUGUGCUGUUGGGGCUCGCCAACUCCUACACCAUUGAUGUGGUGCACGAUAAAGACCGCUUGCAGGCGUUGGGGAAGGUCACCGGCGCCUUAUUUUUGGGCUUAGCUCUCGGCCCAUUGUCGUCGUCAAUGUUGUCUUCACUGAUCGAGAUCAAGGGCAUCCAUUUUCUCGGCCUCAGCACCGCCUUGAUGGUGGUGUCGAUCCUCGUAGUGAUUUUUUUCAUUCCAGAGUCACGGAGUACUAAGCUUAAGGCAAAAUCUAGAAGAAGCUCCAUCAGGUCACAGAGAGAAUUGGAAACAAAUCCUUCGUGGGUCUACACCCUUGGUCUGUCCACAUUCUUGGAAUCCUUCAACUCGUUGAAACUUCUAUGGAUCACACGGCCGUUGAAUUUCAAGCCAAACUCAGCCGGCUCGGAGUCCUCUAGUGAGGUGGCGGAGUUAUUGCCACCCUCAAGAAACAAGUUCACUUCGAGUAGCAGCAAUGGCAAUUUCAGCAGUAGCAGUAACACUGCUAGCGCCAACAUUAAUAUCAAUAACAACAACGGCAGCGUCAAUGGCAGCACAACCAUAAAUGUGAGCUCUUCAGAGUUGGACUUCGCUGCUCGCAUUAAUGUAUUAUUGUUGCUAGCGGUGGAAGUGUUAAUGAACUUCUGUAUUACUGGUGCUUCUACGCCUCUUGCGCUCUACCUAAUUUACACUUUUGAAUUGGACCAAGCACAGUUAAGUCUUUUUGUGGGUGUGUCCUUUGGUUUUAGAGCGUUGGUUUUGACAGCAUUCAACCCUUGGCUACAACACCAUUUCACCAGGAUAUUUGACCAUGACUCCUUCAACGUGGAUUUUAUUGACGUCUCUUCCAUUGGUUUCGCAAUAGCAUGUGAGCUUGUUGCCGCACUUUUAUGUUCAUGUUCUGUGUCAGUGGUAGCGGUAUGCUUCUAUGUGUUUUUUUCAUCAACGGCAGCCAUUGGAUCCCCAAUUCUUCAUUCUGCCUUGCUCAAAUAUAAUUCUAGCCCGGGGAAAAACGGUGAGUUCUUCGGAGCGCUCGCUUUGAUUAGAAACAUUACUAACUUGAUUUCCCCAUGGAUGUUCUUGAGUGUCUACUCCUUCGGUAUCAACAUCGGAAAGCCACAAAUAAUCUUUUACAUAGUUUUUGUUCUUUUCACUAUCUCCGCAUUCUUGUUGGGUAACUUGAGAUUCAAAUCUUUCCACUAA